AUGGCCGCACCGUCACUCCCCACUCCACGUGUUAUACAUGUCGAUACCAGAGGUGCCGUGAUCCUCUCCGAAGAAUCGCCCGAGACCCGCGACAGCCGAGGAAUAUAUCUUCCAAACUACAUCGAGCCUGUGUCGCAUAUCGCCGUCGAUAUCGGUGGUUCACUAGCAAAGGUAGUUUAUUUUACUCGAUCACCCGAGCCUCCGAAUUCCCCCUCAAUAGCAGCAACUCGAGGCAGCAGCACUGCAAGUUCUCUCUCUACACCAGCUCAAGGGUCUCCAUUGGAUGAACAUCCACCUUCUUCGUUCUCCCUCUCACCUCCUGCUCUGCUCAGUUCUUCCCAUCCAAGACAGAACGGCGCAUUGACCCCUCUCGUCCUAGAGUCGCAUGCAUAUAACGGGAAUGGAUACUCAAACGGCGACAAGAGUCCCAAACCCAGGAAAUGCUCCAAUGACAAUACAGACGUUUCCUUGCUAGACGCCGAUCUCCUUCAUUCCACUAUCCUCCGGCGAGCGAGCCAAAACUCUACACCACGACACUUCCCGGGUGGCUCGCUCAACUUUGAAAGAUUUGAGACAGACGAUAUUGAUGCCUGCGUGUCAUUCAUCGAAGCGCUGAUUGCUCGUUCAGCUCGUGCUAACAAUGUAUCGAUCGAAGAGAUGCGUCGCGGGGUAAAGAUCAUGGCGACAGGCGGAGGAGCACACCGGUUCUACGAGUUAUUCAGUGGUACGCUGGGAGUGGAAGUAAGAAGAGAGGAUGAAAUGGAGUGUUUGAUCGAGGGUCUGAAGUUUAUCACCAUGAUCCCGGAGGAGGCGUACUAUUUCUCCGACGAGUUGAUACAUUCUACGAAAGGUGUGAGCGGAAGUGGAAGUGGGAGCACUGCAGGUAUAGUGCUGGAGCGUCCAAGUCCCGAUCCGCCAAAGUAUGCCGUGACGUUCGAAGAGGAGCCGUCUCCCCAGUUGCCGUGCCUUCUUGUGAACAUUGGUUCAGGUGUGUCGAUUAUAAGAGUGGACGCAGAUGGGACGUUCGAACGUGUGAGUGGGACGAGUUUAGGUGGUGGUACAUUAUGGGGCCUGUUGAGCCUGUUGACUCCUGCGACAUCGUUCGAUGAGAUGCUGGACCUAUCUGAGAAGGGCGAUAAUGCAUUUGUUGAUAUGCUUGUCGGCGAUAUUUAUGGUCAAGACUAUAGCAAGCUCGGCCUGAAAUCGACGAUGAUUGCCAGUUCGUUCGGAAAGGUCUUCAAGAAGGGCGGAACUCGUGGAAAGUUCAAAGCGGAGGAUAUCAGCAGAAGCUUGUUGUACGCCAUAUCAAACAACAUUGGACAGAUUGCGUAUAUGAAUGCGGAGAAAUACCAUCUUGACAGAAUAUAUUUCGGGGGAUGUUUCAUCAGAGGACACGCUGCCACCAUCACUACACUCUCAUAUGCUAUUCGGUUCUGGAGCAAAGGUACGAAACGCGCACUAUUUCUACGGCACGAGGGCUUUUUGGGGUCCAUCGGGGCUUGGAUUAAGAACAUCGAUUCGGAGGAAACUGUUUCACCUGCCAGCUUGUAG